AUGGCAGCCAAAAUAGAAGACGCUCUUCAGCGGGAACUAUCCUGUCCGAUUUGUUUCGAACUCUACAGUUCUCCCCUUUUACUUCCAUGUGGACAUACUUUCUGCAAGGAUUGCCUCGCGGACACUCUGGAAAAACACAAGCAAGAAGGCACCGCCAACGACGACAAAGGCGCCACAGCGGGCACAGUAGUUGUCGAUCGUUCCAAACUGCCAUGCCCAACAUGCCGAGGUGAAGUCGACCUACAGCGCCAAGGGCUGGAUUCUCUGAGAAGAAACUUUCUUCUGGACAGCAUCAUUGAGAAAUAUAAAGCUGCCUGUGCACGCGACGGAAAAGAAGUGAAGCACAAAGAAGAGAUUAUUUUGUGCGACGUCUGUGAAAAAGACCCGUGCAAAGCAGUUAAGUCGUGCACCGUUUGUAAGAUUUCCUACUGCAAGAAAUGCCUGCCAGUAUUACACCCAAGUCGCGGGGGGUUAGCAACACAUCGGAUGGUACGUGCGACGAGCAGCUCGACUCCUGGUGUCAUUACUUGCCCGAGCCAUGAGGGAGAGCUAUUAAAGAUGUACUGUACAUCGUGUCGUACCCCAGUCUGUUAUUUGUGUGAUAGAUUCGGGGGUCACCAAGGUCACCAAGUGUCUGAGUUAAAAACAGUUUUUGGCCAAGAAAAGGACUUUCUUGAAAAUGAAGCCAAGAAAUUGUCGGGGAAAAAUGAUGGACUUCAAGAUUUUGUGAAGAAAAUCGUCGGAAUCAUCAAUAAAAUUGAUGAAGGAGGAAAAGAAAUGGAAAAGAAGAUCAAGAAAGAAUUUUCUGAGUUGCAUAAAUUUGUAAAUCAAGCUGAUCAGAGAGCUCGUCUGGAGCUGGCAUUGAAUGUUGCAAUGAAGAAGCGCCACCUAGAGGAGCAAAUGGGAAAAUGUCAGAAUAUUCUGGAUGAUAAUACUGGUACUGUGGAGAUUGUGCAACAAGCACUGACUGUGGACGAAUAUGAGCCAUUUCUACUUAAUGAGGGAUCUGAUCCACUGAACUUGAACAUCACUGCACUGAAGACAAGUUUGAGUUCAUUAUCAUUGGGGUAUUUACUUAAGUAUUCAUUCAAUUGGAAUAGUGGUUCUGCUCAUCCCAAUCUAAAGAUUGACCAGGAGACCUGGAAGAUUGUGACACUCACAUCCGCAGUACCAACCAAUAUCACCAACCCUGGUACCACAUCGGGUGCAUUCCAAGGACCAUCAUUUGCAGUACUUGGUUCAAAUCUUAUUAAAGGAUCAUCAGGAAUGAGAAUGUGGAAGAUGAUGAUAUCUAAAGAAGGGAAGACUAAAGACCUAGACAUCAAUUACAAGAUUGCCAUGACGACUACCACAUACAGAGAUAAGGAAAUUGAUGCCAACCAAUCUGGAUAUCCAUCACGAUGCAUGGUGCAGGGAAAAAUAGGGAAGCUCUACCAGUACAAGUUUUUUAGUGAUGGUAAUUUAGUAGGUACAACAGAAUUAAGUCAGGAUAUCACUAGUGUGUUAAUAGUGCUUGAACUGACUCAGAAUGGUACUAUAUCUAUAUUGAAUGGCAUUCCACUAAAACCGCUGCACACAUUCACUGGUUGUAAUAUGUAUAGCUAUGGUUGGUAUCCAUCUGUGGCUCUGUAUAACAUGGGUUACACAUUAGAACUUGUGUAA